UGGGGAGGCUUAUCGGCUCGGUCAUUUUCCCCGUGGCUGUCGUUGUGUUUUCAUGAAACGCUCGACGCAUUGCAUGCCUUUAUAAAGAAUCAACCUUCCCCCACUCUUGUCUCGCCUCGCGUCCGCUUCAUAAAGCUGCAACGCCCCUCCGUUAUUGGAGGGAGUAGAUCAAGGGCAAAUCAAGGCAUUCAAAACAUAGGCAGCCUUUUCACACAUCCCCGAGGGUGAAAGGCAGAUAUAUCAUCAUUAUUUGGCUUCGCCUUGUUGAAAGGGCCACAUACCACACACACAUUUCAACCUGUUCACAUGCCAACCUUGUUUUACUCCGCCAUUCCUUGGUUGGGUAAUCCGUGCAAAAAGGGAUACCCGCGUCAACUUCACAAAAGGGCAAAAAAAAGAGGUUUAAAAGCAUUUUGGCAAGGUUUAUUUCUUUCCAUAAAACGUCCAUUUGAGUUGAAGGACUAUUUUUUGGAUAAACGUCGAGUGUGUGGACUUUUUAGUGUCAAUGUGACGGCUUACAUUGCUACCGCGGUAGUUUGAAAAUACUCGGUAUAGUGUGCCGCUCAAUGCUAUCGAAACUCUUUAAAAAGAUGCGCAGAAAACCCAAACACCUUGUACAAGCCGGCGACAACAACCACGUCGAUGAACCAACACACCUCGAGACCGUCCCGCCACGUGGCUCAUCGCUGGCCGAGCUCACCCAUUGGGGCGUGGGUGUGUGUGCUGGUCGGUCGUUUCAACUGUUACGAUCAGGCCGGGUGGACGACGCUGAACGGUCCUUUAAAGUUCUCAAAGUUCGCGGACCGGAUUUGCACACCCUUCGACGUGAAGCAGGGAAUGAUGACGACACUGGUUUCAAAGUGUUAAAAGUACAUGGGCCGGAUGGGAUGACAGUCGGGAGAAGAUGUUUGGCGGCUAAUAUGGACUGCAGCAACCAAGUGGAAGACGCUCAUGUGCUGCAUGCACCCGAUCAUACUGAUCCAGCUGUUACAACAACUGAGCGGCACGAUAGUGCCUAUGACACCAUCUUACCAGCAGAUGGCCCUUACGAUCCGGUCCCCUCAUUCCCUCUUCUUCCUACCUUUACACUCGGGUGGAACACACCUAGUCCCCCUGUUCCUCCAAAAGACGCUAUUGAUCCAUCGCAGGAUCAACCUACGAUACCAUCUUUCCCCCCACUGCCGUGUCUAACGUUGCAAUUGCCACCUAGAGUGGAUUCCAUGGAGGACGAUGGCGUGUUAGAUGGGCCGGUAUGUUUUGGCGGAUGGCGGUGAUGGAACUCAAUAUGUAAUCGGCCGGUAGGGUGAUGUGUGUAUGCAAAUACAUCAUGUACAUAUUUGUAACUGGAAGGACUGCUCUCGCU